AUGCGCUACUUCCUGGUGUACAAUGACCGCUUCGAGCAUUUCACCGAUGCCGCGAAGGCUCUUCGAGGAUCCGGCUCCUCGGGAGGAGCGGUCCAUGCAAUGGACGUAACCUCCGUGCGUGUCAUUGAGAAUGCUUUUGUCUUCAAGCUUCGGCAAGAAAGUCUGCACGUCCAAGUGCCCAUUGGCGAGGACAUGGAACUUUGGGUCUCCGCGUUUCAGCUCCUCUUCCACCCCCAGAACGAUGCAGGCCAUAACCCCACGAAUGUGGACGAGCUGCAAGUCUUGCACAAGCGUGGCGCCUUCAUGAAGGAUGGGGAAAGGCGAAGAAUGGAGUCAAGCGACCUUGCAGCGGAG